AUGACAACCCGACGUCUUUCUCGACGCACCCUUGUUGCUGGGUCACUGAAGCGCUUCAGUGAGCGUCGCAUCGGUCAUGGCGACGCUCGAUUCCCCCCGCCGUCUCAAAUCUCGAAGGGAGAGGCCUCACGCCGGACCAAAUCCGUGGAAACCAGCCAAGAUGGAACAUCAACGAUUCGCCCGGUGAUCCGGCAAGAAUUUAUUAGCGGAGCGGCCAAGAACGAAGGUGAUGCAAUAGGCACCGAACUGUAUCGGGACGUGAUGGAUGUCACAAAAGAGAUUAUGUUGAAGCAAAGGGUGGAGAGUUGGAAGCCGUUCGAAGAAAAGCUUAUCGAAUUCCAAGCGGGCAUGCGGCCUAUCAUUGGCUCAAAUUUCAAGCGUGGAUUCCUGGAAUCCGUUUAUCUUCUGGCUGAUAUGAUUCACAACUAUCAACUCCUACGCCCAGAUUUCAUCCAAUCUACUUCCGCACUCUUUCAGAAACCAACCCUGUUUAAAAUGAUUCAAUUUGAUCUGGAGCUUCUCUUCUGUAAGGGGAAGACCCAUUUUUUCGAAGUCCCCCAGUCCAUUAUUCCUCAGAUUGAUUUCUUGACUACCAGCAGUAAUUUUGAGCACUUUCAUUAUCCCAUUAAAGCUCUAUCGACCAAAGACCAAAGAGAUGUGGUCCACCUUAUCCUGAGUACCAUCAUGUCUCACGCGCCGUGGUAUGAAAACGUUCGCAACAACAUUAGCCCCGAAUUUGAGAAGAUUCGGGAGGUGGUUACCCGGACGAAUUUUCUAGCAGAAAUCGAUAGAAUUUUGCUGGCAAUCAAGGCUCACCCCGAAAGGAACCAUUGGAUGGAAAUCGCAAAUUAUGGGAUUAUUGGGACGAUGUGGAGGGUCAUCAAGUUUAUAACAGAUCCGCCCCAGACCCAAUCGAUCCAUACUCAGAGGUUGGAAUUCCAAGUGAUCUAUUAUCUCGUAGACUUUCUUAACAAGUACGCAAAACCAAUCUUGGACGGGGCGGUAAGACGUAUGGAAGAAGACUCGGGCUUCUAUAAGCGUCUCGAUUUCUUGAACGGUUACUUCAAGUAUUUUCGUAACCUCUUUGAAGAUCCAAACUAUCCAAUAGAAAAACAGGAUACCACGUUUUUGGUUACACUCAAGGAUAGUUCCUUACAUGAUCUUAGGUUUUAUUAUUGGGUUAAUUCCGUCAUUCAACCCACAUUUAACCAAAACAAAUUGAUGGACGGGAUUGAUCGAGCACCCAAUUACAACCUUUGGAUGGGUAACUACUGCUCUUAUUGUCAUCGUCCUUACCGCAAGUGUCUCCCCUCUUGUGAUUCCUUCAAAUAG